AUGGUGAACAUUGCCCUCUCUCAAGCCUUAUCAGAACUAACCAAGCAAGGCCUUGUCAUUUGUGGAAACAAACCUAAGUAUCAUCCCUUUGGUAUUUUCUAUGGCCAAAAUCCAUUACAAUUCUCCUUUCCCCUUGUCCUCUUGCAGCUCUCGACUAUCGUUCUCCUCACUCGCUUUCUUCGUCUUCUCCUCAAGCCCCUUCGGCAGCCUAAGGGCGGCAUUAUACUCGGGCCGUCCGUAUUAGGAAGAAACCACAAGUUCCGUUCGUACGUUUUCCCGGACAAUGGCUACUAUGUGAUACAAAACAUCGCCCUUCUCGGGUUCAUGUACUUCCUCUUCUUGUCGGGCGUGAAGAUCGACAUAACCGUGACAAAACGAGCCGAGAAAAAGCAUUGGUACAUUGCCCUUGCCGGGAUAGUCGCCCCACUCUGCAGUAGCUUAGCUAUUGCAUUCAUCGAAAGAAAAACUCUCGACAAGGAAACCGCGAAAAUCUCCUCGAUUUGGGGCAUCAGCUCGUAUUUGGCAAUCACAUCCUUUCCCGUUCUGUAUCCAAUCGUGAGCGAGCUCAAUUUACUCAGCUCCGGAAUCGGGCGAACCGCUUUGUCGACAGCUGUCAUCGGUGACAUCAUCGGCAUGAAUGCUUUGGUCGUGUUCGAGGCAUCCAAGCAAGGUGAAAACCGAGCAAUUACGGCCUUAUGGUUUGUGAUCUCGGCAUUUUUGGUUGUUUUGACGUUGAUUGGUGGCAUUCGGCAAGUUAUGGUUUGGAUCGUGAGGUCAACUCCCGAGGGGAAGCCCGUUGGCCAAAUCUACGUGGUGUCGGUUUUGUUGGGGGUCAUGGUGACCGGGUUUAUUUCGGACAUGUUCGGGCUCACGAUCGUAAACGGGCCCUUGUGGCUCGGGCUGGCCGUACCAGACGGGCCACCGUUGGGGACUAUUCUCGUCGAGAAAAGCGAGGUUAUCGUGAAAAACCUUUUCAUGCCGUUCUCGUUUAUGUACGUGGGCUCGAUUAUCGACGUGCCUUCGACAAGCGGGCUGUGGGCCCAACUUCACCCUUUGCUGCUCAUUGUUCUCGGUGAGGUUGAGAUUUUGUUGUUUCUUCAUUUGCUGGAUUAUAAGGUAAUCGGGAAGCCGCAGUUCACGGUAAUGGUUCUGUCGGCAGUAUCGGUAACUGCUUUAGCUACGCCGUUGAUCAGCAUACUCUACGACCCAACCCGGCCUUACAUGGUGAACAAGAGACGAAACAUUCAACACAACCCACCAAACACGGCACUUCGCAUUGUGGCUUGUCUCCAUACCCAAGAAAACCUCGGUGGACUCUUGAAACUACUCGAAAUCUCCAAUCCGACGGUCAACAGUCCUUUAUCGGUCCAUGCCCUGCACCUAGUCGAGCUCGUCGGCCGCUCGAACCCGACGCUCAUCGACCAUGAAAAGGACAAUAAGGAACCCGACUCGGGUUCGAUCCACAAUGCCUUAAGAAAUUUCCAGUCGAGCCGCGAAGGGAGCGUGAGGAUACAUUCUUACACGACCAUCACUUCCAAGAAGAGCAUGUAUCAAGACAUAUGCGAGCUCGCACUUUCCAAGAAGGCUUGCCUCGUCGUCUUACCAUACGACAGGUCAACGACAGUCAACGCAAGCGUCCUGGCGAACGCGCCGUGCUCGGUCGCGAUCCUCGUGGACAAGAGCCCGCAGCAGAGCCUCGUCGACAAGGGCCCGGCCCGAAAUGUGGCAGUCUUGUUCCUCGGUGGGCCCGAUUGCAGGGAAGCCCUGAAGUACGCGGACCGGAUGGCUGAGAACCGAGAGGUUUCACUUGACGUGGUUCGGUUCCUUGCGGAGGGAAGAGAAGGAGAUGAAGAAGUUGAGAAGAGACUCGACGAUGGGCUCGUGACGUGGUUUUGGGUGAAGAGCGAGGCAAACAGAAGGAUCGGUUAUCGAGAGGUGGUGGUGAAAAACGGGGAGGAUACGAUAGCAGCAAUUCAGGGUAUGAAGAGUAAAGAAUCAUAUAACGUGUGGAUUGUCGGGAGGAAGCACGGGUUGAAUCCUGUGGUGGUGAAAGGGCUGUCGAGCUGGAGUGAAAACGACGAGCUUGGGGUUAUCGGGGACUACCUAGCGUCGGUCGAUUUCGAGAGCAAUGGUUGGGUUUUGGUGGUGCAACAGCAGAUUUUGUUGGGUCAGGAGAAGGGUUCAAAUGGUGUGUUAUCAUCAAGUUUUCCUUUUUGUGUGUAG